GUUUGACAGCACGUGCAUUGUGUGGUCUGAAAGCGAUCAUGGAGCAAAGAAGGUCAAUGCAUCCCAUAUAUACGUAUCAAUAGCGCACCCGCCCAAUGACCCCAAAAAGCAGAGACAAUCCUCAUCCCCUCACCACCAUAUGCCGAACAGACGAGCACAGCGAGAUUCUUCCAUCAAGGCAGAAACGCCAUCGUCGUUGUCUCGCUUCGCCCCUGUCCUACACACACCCAUCUGAUCUCUGAGGACUGUACAUCUCUACAAGCAAGUACGAGGCUAAGGCCUUGGUGAAAAAACACGAGCAAAAACGGCAUGAAUGCAUGGACCCUCGGCACCCAGACGACAAAAAACGUCCCUGUUUGCCUGCGGCAACAACACCGCAGGCCACUAGAGCGUGACGCCUGUGUCCACCCCACAAAGCUUGAGCACAUUCAGGCCCGUUCCCGCCACCACCACAAAGACACCGAAGCACAGGAGGGAAGCCAGUGCGACACGCUCUAGCAGGGGGAUCUGGGAGAGGAGAAAAAGCAAAAGGGAAAUGAGCAAACAGGGCGCAGGAAUUGCAUGGUAUGUUCUUGGCUCACUUUCGGUGUCAUCUUCCAAUAAAAGACGACCGGGAAGAUGCAGCAGGUCUGCAUUGAGAACAGGCACCCUGCACAUGUAAACACACAGACACAACCAAUGCUUGCCCAGUGUUGCGCCUUGUUUGCACCGCGCCUCCACCUGUGAAAGCCUGUAUGUCAGCCACAUGGUCCCGGACGAGCACCGCCAGCAGAGUGCUCACUGCCAUGAAGCCAGCACGCCACAGUGUCCGGACCACUCUCGGAUCCUUCCACGCGGGGCCCUGGAUGGGCGAGUCAGGCGGCGGCACUUUGUCCAGCCCCAACCACUGCUCCGUCCUGAUGUGAACAGAGACACAGGGAAUCGAUGAUACUACCCUGCACAUGAGAAGUUUCCUGUUUGCAGCUCACUUGAGCAAGAAUGGGGCAGCGAAGAGGGGGAAGCCUCCUUCAAGCUUCACGACAAUGGCAGCCUACAAGAACCGAGCAACACUCGACUCCCGAGUCCCUCCCAUUCGCUUCUCGUCUCAUGACCCUACCGUGGCAAUGAGGGGCAAGAAGUGGACGCCCGGAAUUUUGUGGCCCUGGAGGUCUCGCCCAAGAUUCUCUGUAAAGGACUCGCCCAGACUGUCGCCAUAGAAGAGGUAUGCGAACAGGCCUGUCCCGCAGUAGCUGAAAAACGCCACCAGGAAGGAGAAGAAGCAGGCCAGCGGAAAGCCCCGCCGCGGCUUUCUCAUGGAGGCAUACACAGUGGGAAACACCGCAUGAGCCACGAAACAGAAGUUGACAAUGCCGAUCGUCGUGGGCAGACCUGAUCGAUACGCCCGCCACGCACAUCAGGCAGGUGUCGAAUUUAUCUCUCAUGGUCCAUGUGGCUGCUCACCUCUCCAGUUGAUGAAGAUUAACUCGUCCGUCGGUGCCCGCAUCGGCAGGGAAGCUGCGCUCCACACGAGGGCAACGACAGCCGCAGCCGUGGCCACGUUGCUCACGAGCGACACCAUUGACACCCAUUGGAGAGGGCAGAAGAUCAGCGCCAGCGCCAGAAUGCCGCUGGAGAUGAUCGAUACCAUGCGGCUGAGGGAGGGCACGAGUAAGUUCAAGUUGGCACCAACCAGCACCAGAUAUGAGAUCAAUACGAACCUGACAAUACAAGACAAUGAAAAGGCCCCUGACGACAAUCAUUGCGUGUGUGCCCGUGCAGCCUUCGUACCAGAUCUCUAGGGUGAGCGAUGCCGUGACAAUGGUCUGGCCCACUUGCCCAAAAGCCACCCGUCCAAUGAGCGGCCAGUCCUGUGCUAUCCUUGGUAUUCGAUGCUCCUUCCCGUAGUCCAUUGUCCGGCUCAUGCAGCGGGCAAUCAAGAGGCCCGUGUACCCAUAGAAGACCGUCAGGAGACCACAGAAGACCACUGAGAUAAAGCCGGAUGCCGCAAAGGCAAAGGGAACAGCCAGAAUACCGACGCCAAUUACUCCAUUGGAUAUGGUGAAAGUCGCCUGCAUCACUGUCUGGUCGGCCUCGUAGGACGAUGAAUCGGCCACGCUGCCGCUGCUGUCAUGGCGACGGACGUGCGCAAUGGGUGAUAAACUCGCCUCCACACUGACAACACACAGACAGAGCCACCUAUGAGCCACCCAGUGUCUGAGUCUUCCCGCUCACCUGUCGAGUGUGGUUGUCCGCCGGCCUCCCCACACUCGGAAUGGUGAGUACGUGCCGAAGGCCCCGCGUGGAUUGAUCAAAUCGUGGACAGUCGCCCUGUCGGCGUCAUCCAGCUGGUCAAACACCAUCAUGUCGGCAUCGUGCCCGUCCAGCCCAUCCAUGUUAUGAAGUGUGUGCGCCUGCAGUUCUUGGUGGCCGUCUGAGAGGCUCCUUGGCCUCUUGGGUCCUCUGUAUGGCGGCACAUGGUCAUCAGCUGAAGCGGCGAGAAGGGGACGGGAGAGAUUAGAGGAGCUGCUGGAGGGACCAGAGAGCCGACGCAGGGAACACCUUUUCGUUCUCG